CUCAUAUGAGGUGUUGGUUUCACCCAUUUCACAAAGUUGAGGCACAUAUCCCGGGCGGAUUAUACAUGCUUGUUAUUCUAUUGGUAUUGGUACAGGAUAUAUGGCCUGACGAAUGUGGUCAACAAUGAAAGUCAAAGAGUUGUCAGCAGUUAUAAUUAUAUUAUUGCUAUUAAAGUAUAAUUUAGCUUUAAAUGAAUGUAGAGAUACAGAUAACAUCAACUGUCAAUCAUGUGGUAAUACUGACUAUCCUAGAGAACAGUUUUAUAGACAGAACUGUAUGAGAUCAUGUGGUGUUUGCACAGAUAUACUCACCAAUGUUGCUCUUCGUCAACAAUCAGUACAACAGAGUUCUACAAAAUAUGGUGGUGUCGCUUCUAGAGCUGUAGAUGGUAAUACUAAUAGUGAUUUUAAUAUUGGCCAAUCAUGUACUCAUACACCGGAAGGAGUGUCUGGUUGGUGGUGUGUUGAUUUACAACAGUUGUAUUAUUUCAACCAAAUUAAAAUAUACAACAUACAGAACAGAAACUACUGGGGGAGAUUACAAAGAUUUGAGAUAAAGACAAGUUCUAGUGGUCAGUGUAGUGAACAAGGACUUGAAUUAGCUACAACAUGUUAUAAAGAUACAACAUCAACAAUACAGUCUGUUUAUAAUGUAGCUGGGUGUAAUCAAGGUUCAUCUACAUCAUUUUCUGGUAAAACUGUCUAUGUGCAAAGCUUUAACGACGCCCUAGAAAUGUGUGAAGUUGAAAUUUUUGCAGUUCUAGGACACUGUAAUAGUGGAUACUACAGUACAUCAACUUCUACAUGUCAACCUUGUGAUACAUGCCUUAAUGACAGCUGUGAUCCUAAUACUGGUGUUUGUACUGGAGAUUGUAAAACAGGUUUUUAUGGUUCCAAAUGUCAACAUAAUUGUAGCAAUGGUUGUUUAAACAAUAAUUGUUCUAAAUCUGAUGGUACAUGUAAUAACUGUAAACGUGAUAGAUUUGGUCUAUACUGCAACCUAACAUGUGGUGCAGAAUGUCAACCAAUGCCAGACCAGACGGCGACUACUUGUGAUAAAAAUGGUAGAUGCAAUGAGUGUAUUAUGGGACGAUAUAGUGAUGGAUGUGAUUUGAACUGUAGUACAGGAUGUGAUGGUGGAUGUGAUAGGAAUACAAGUAGAUGUACUAACUGUAUUAUGGGAAGAUAUGGUAAAAGAUGUGAUAUGAACUGUAAUACUGGGUGUGUUGGCGGAUGUGAUAGAAGUGGUAGAUGUAAUAAUUGUAUUAUUGUGAAGCAGGGAGAUAUGGUGACAACUGUGACAGCAAAUGUGGUAACUGUGCUGAUAAAACGCCAUGUGAUGUAA